GAGGUAGGGUUUGUCAUGGGUAAAGCAAAACUAAAUCCUCAGUCAGAGCCCACAAUACCAAGACUGGAACUGUGCGCCGCUGUCUUGGCUGUAGAGAUAGCUGAUCUUGUCAAGAAUGAGCUAGACAUAGUGUUUGACGCUGUUCACUUUCAUACAGACAGCAAGGUGGUCUUGGGCUACAUCUGCAACGAAUCAAAAAGAUUCUACACAUAUGUUCACAACAGAGUGCAGCGUAUUCGCCAGUCUUCAAAGCCGGAGCAGUGGCACUAUGUGCGCACCGAGGAAAACCCAGCGGAUCACGCAUCACGCUCGCUCACAGCAUCUCAACUAACAAAAACAACUUGGUUCACCGGACCCUCCUUCAUCCGUCGCUCACCCCCAGAGGCAAAGAAUGAAAACGACAAUUUUGACUUAGUUGAGCCUGACAAAGACUGUGAAAUCAGGCCACAAGUGAGAACUUGUGCCACUCACCUUCAAGUAGUCUCCUGUAAGCGCUUUGAGCGCUUCUCCACCUUCAAGUCUUUGGUCCGUGCAGUCGCCUUCCUCAUUCACAUGGCAAAAUCUUUCAACGGCUCCAAUUCAAACCAUGGAUGCAAAGGGUGGCACAUAUGUCAGUUUCCUCGUACACCAGAUGAAAUGGAUCAAGCAAAACGGGUCAUCCUCCAACAAGUGCAACAGGCCACCUUCGCAAAGGAGCUGUCUGCCCUCAACGUUGGCAAAUCCAUCACCAAACAAAGCCCUUUGCAAAAGCUCAGCCCAGUCCUGGACAACGGCAUCAUUUCUGUUGGAGGUCGACUCAAACACUCAGAGCUCGAGAACUCUGAAAAAAAACCGAUAAUUCUCCCAAAAGACAGUCAUGUCUCUAUCCUGCUCACUCGCCACUUCCAUGAACAGGUCAAGCACCAGAGUCGUCACCUAACAGAAGGUGCAAUAAGGGCUGGAGGUCUGUGGAUAGUCGGUGGAAAGAGACUAGUUAAUUCAGUUAUCCACAAGUGUGUUAUCUGUCGCAAACUGCGGGGAAAGCAGGAAGAGCAACUCAUGGCAGAUCUUCCCCCGGAACGUUUGAAAACAUGUCCUUCCUUUAGCUACGUCGGCCUUGAUGUUUUCGGGCCUUGGACAGUAACCACCAGACGUACCAGAGGUGGACAUGCACAAAGUAAGCGUUGGGCUAUCCUGUUUACCUGCAUGAGCUCAAGAGCCGUGCACAUGGAGGUAAUUGAGUCCUUAGACACCAGCAGUUGUGUAAAUGCCCUGAGACGCUUCUUUGCCCUGAGAGGCCCUGCCAAAAAACUUAUAUCGGAUCGUGGCACUAAUUUCAUUGGGGCUUCCAAGGAGUUAGGAAUGGACAAAGCUCUGCAACUAUACCUGAAUGAUCAAGGUUGCAGUUGGGAAUUCAACCCGCCUCAUGCGUCCCACAUGGGAGGCUCCUGGGAGCGCAUGAUCGGCAUUGCACAGAGAAUAUUGGAUUCAAUGCUGCUUCAAAGUAAGGUGCAACUCACUCACGACGUAUUGUGCACACUUAUGGCUGAAGUGUCUGCAAUCAUAAACGCCAGGCCACUCCUUCCAAUUUCGUCCGAUCCAGACAAUCCCUUCAUUCUCUCUCCCUCUAUGCUGCUAACCCAGAAAUCGUGCCUUAUACCUCCUCCUGGAGAUUUCUUGGACAAGGACCUUUACACCAAGCAAUGGAGACAAGUUCAGGCUCUUGCCAACCAGUUCUGGACACGCUGGAGGCGAGAGUACCUGCCUUUAUUGCAGCAGAGGCAGAAAUGGACUGUAUCUUGUCGAAAUCUGCAAGUUGGUGACCUUGUUUUGCUCAAGGACAAGCAGGUUCCACGGAACAGCUGGCUCAUGAGUAGAGUCACAGCAACUUUCCCUGGGAAGGACAAUCGAGUAAGGAAAGUCGAGGUCACAGUAAAUGACCAAGGCACUCGAAAGACCUUUUUGCGACCAGUUACUGAAGUCAUUCUUCUUUUGCCAAAGGACUGAAUCCCGCUAAGUUUUUGUUGUUGAUAGUGACCUCACUGAGGUCAGGCGGGGAAUGUGUUGUUCUUAAGGCAGUUAAUCAUUUAAUAAAUAAGUUAAAUGUUUAAAAAGCAUUUCUAAGAGUUUCUUAUAAGUAUUUCAUGUUUAUUUGUAAGUUUUAUUUAAAAAAUAUUAGCGGACAAUUUUAUUUCCUGUGCGGCCGCGCUAACUUCCGGUUUCGGUUUCAUGGUAAACAGAGCAGGCGAAAUCCAACAUCGUAUGGUCAGCGAUCUGUUGCCAUUCCCUUUAAAGCACUGUCAAGGCAAUGCCUUUUCACCAUCUGGAGAAGAAAUUAAAAUGCAAAAACGUCCCUUGUGGUCCUGGUCUUCUUCAGUGGUUUAUCUACGUGUUCAUUUGGCAACAUAACAG